AUGACCGCCUACGAGGCACCUUUUCGGGAGCCGAUUAUUGGAAAGCAUAGGUCGACACUUCCUGGUUUCCUCUAUCUAUUUUCGUUUGCUGGCCCUGUUCCUUCGCCAUUACGCUCGCCAUGGCAGUUUUUGAACCACCCCAAUGUGUUGUUCUUCCUCGGUGUCCUGUGUGCGCUGUCGUCGGGCGGCGGUCUUUCAUCGAUCGACUUGCUCUACGGCUACUGGACCCACACCGUGAAGCAGUACCAGCAUAUCGAUCCCAACUACGCGAUGAGUCGCAGCAACGAACUGGCGUGGAUCUGUGUCGUGAUCGGCGUGUUUGUAAUGCUUACCAGCUGGGGCUUUAUGGUCCUGCUUCCUCGCGCUGCGCAUGAACUGUGCCAGAAUCUACGUGAAGAGUACUUUGCUGCGGCCGUCAUCCAGGAUCCCGCCUUCUUCGAGCUGCACGGACCGGGUGAGAUCGCAUCGCGCACCAAUCGCGAUGUGACUCAAAUCCGUGCUGCCUUUGGCGAAAAGCUCGGUUUCUUGCUGAAUGCGAUCGGAACACUGCUUGCUGGAUUUAUUAUGGCUUUCUCGCGUGCGCCGACGGUCGCUGGCGUGAUGCUUUGCGUGUUUGUGUUUGCUGUGCUCGUCACGACGGUGCUCGGAUGGCUCGGUGACAUGGUGACAUCCUCGGCCCUGGACGUCGACAGCCGACUCACGACAUUCGUCGAGCAGGUGAUUGCUUCCGUGCGCGUCGUGCAGAGCUUUGAAAUCACACAGCAGCUCGUCGACCGGAUGCAUACUUUGUACAUUGCCCCGCUCGCGCGGUUUGUGAACCAGCGCUCGAUGGUCAAGGGUGGAGACCUCGCGGCAAUGUACCUCAUCAUCAACGCGCUCUACUCCAUCAGUUUCUGGUGGGGCUCGGUCCAGAUUGCAAAGGGGCGUGAGCAGAUGGACGGUGUGAUUUCUGCAUUCUACAACUACCUCAGCGCCAUGUUCUCGGUGGCGAUGAUCCUGCCGCAUCUGCAGAGCCUCAUCGAUAAUGUGGCUGCGCUGCGCAAAAUGCGUGCGACGAUCGAGCGCGAUCCUCGUGUAGAUGUGCGCGCAACGGGCGGCGAGAUUCUCGGAGUUCCGCAAGGCGUGUCGAAUCCAGAAGGGCUCCCGGUGUACACGCCCAGCUUUGCGCUGGACCACGUUACGUUUGCCUACCCCUCGCGGCCAUACACGGCGAGCCUGCGAGACGUGUGCAUCCAGUUCCCUGCCGGAAAGGUCACGGCGCUUGUGGGCCCAUCGGGAAGCGGCAAGUCGACCAUUACGGCGCUGCUUGGGCGCGAGUACGAUCCAGAGACUUCCAACUUGCCCGAAACAAGCCUAAUUGUGGACAAGAAGGAGAAGGAGAAGGAGGACAAGCUCGACGAGAAGGACAGCACCAUGGCCAACGACCGCGACGUCGAAGGCGAGCGCCAACGCAUCCAAGGCGGUGGCCGCGUCCUGUUUGCCGGUGUAGACGAGCGCGAGCUGAACUUGCGCUGGCUACGUUCGCAGAUCGCCGUCGUGCGCCAGAACCCCCAACUGUUUGGCGGUACGAUUGCCGAAAAUGUCGCCAUGGGUCUCAGUGCGGACCCCGUCGCAGCGUCGCUCUCUCCGGAGACGAUCCGCGAAAAGGUGCGCGAAGCGCUGGUCAAGGCCGAGGCAUGGUCGUUUGUCAAGCGGCUCCCGCAAGGCAUGGACACUAUGCUUGCGAGCGGCCGCAACGUGCACCUUUCCGGUGGUCAGCGCCAGCGUAUUGCCAUUGCUCGUGCGCUUGUGCGCGAGCCACUGAUUCUUUGCUUGGACGAAGCGACAUCGGCUCUGGAUACGUCCACGGAAGAACGCAUCAAACGCACGCUCAGCAAAGAGCAAAAGAAGCGUGGCAUGACCACGAUUAUCGUCGCACACCGCCUGUCGACCGUGCAGCACGCCGACCAGAUUGUCACGAUGAACCACGGCGAAGUCGUCGAGCACGGCACGCAUGAAGAGCUGAUGCGCAACGGCAAGGACGGGUUGUACUACUCUAUGGUAAUGCACAACCGCACCGCUUCUGGUCUCCCUCUGGAAGACCAGCCCUUUGAAGAGCAAGAUACGGCGACGCGUGCCUCGAGCAGCCAGUGGCAGCCUGCGCCGCCGCCGCCGCCGCCUGGUGCUGAACAAGAUACGAAUGCCACGUCGCGUCCUCGGCCUGCAGGCAUGCAUCCUGACCUGGCCACGCGCGGUGCCGGCAUGACGUCUGCCAACUGGGGCGCAAGCGACCGCCGCCACGGGCAAGGUGUCGUGCAAGAGACGACGGAAGAGACGCACAUAAAGCGCUCCGGGUUCACGCGGCUCUACCGCAUUGCGUACAAGCAGCGUUUCCUGUUCCUGGCCGGCCUUGUUGCAGCCGUGGCACUCGCUGCGUCCUUCCCCAUUUCUGGCUGGAUUUCUGGUUUCGCGAUCGACGCGCUUGGCUUUCCCGACCGGCGCGAGAUGCGCCAAUCGUCCAACUGGUGGGCGAUGUGGUUUAUUGUGGUCGGCGCAUGUGCGAUUAUUGUUGGUUUCUUGGCUUCCUACUUCCUCGAGUUGGCUUCGGAGAAGAUGAUGAACGCCAUCAAAGUCAAGUCGCUGCACGCGCUCCUGCGCCAAGAGGUCGCCUUUUUUGACCAAAAAGAGAACGGGAGCGGCGCGCUGAGUUCUGCCAUCUUUAGCAAUGCCGCGAGCAUCGGUGCAGCGACGGGUGUGGUGGCCGUUCAACUGAUCAUGGCGCUUGGCAACCUAAUUGGCGCGGUGAUCAUGGCGCUUGCGAUGGGCUGGGCGAUGGCGCUGACGACGCUCCCUGGCUUGAUCUCGCUGAUGGUCGCCGGUUUCUAUAAUGUGAUCUUCUUGGAGAAGUACGAGCACAUUAUCCAGCAGCCGAUCGACAAGACCUCGUCGUACAUUGCCGAAAUUGUCGAUGCCAUUCCCACCGUCUCGUCGCUCGGCCGCGAGCGGCUGACGGAAAGCUUGCUGGAGCGGUCGUACAUGCCGAUGCUGGUCUCGGGCUCGUUGUGCUUUGCCUACACGCAGUUUGCCCUGUAUGGAACGUCUGGCCUGAUGCUUUACUGGGGCACAAAGCUCGUUAUGGAGCGCCGCUUGGAGUCCUUUGGCAUGUUUGCCGUGUUCGAGGGCGUGUUCAUCGGCAUCUUUUCGUCGGUGCGUCUCGCAACCUUUAUGCCGGACAUGGCGCGUGCGAAGCAUGCGACCAAGGUGGUGGAUACGUGGUGGAACCGCGUGCCGCAAUUCGCCAGCGGUGAACCGACGAUCGAGUGGCCGCCCAAGGGCCCCAGGGAUAUCGUGCUGCGCGGCGUCGAGCUACGCUAUCCCCAGCGCCCCGAUAUGCCUGCGCUCCGCGAUCUUGACCUGGUGAUCCCCGAGAACAAGACAGUGGCAUUCUGCGGCACUUCAGGCAGCGGCAAGUCGUCGGUGCUGAGUCUGUUGCAGCGCUUCUACGACCCGUGCCAAGGCGAGAUCACCCACGGUGGCAUCGACCUCAAGACCAUCCCCCUGCACACGUGGCGUGCCGAGAUGGCGUAUGUAUCGCAGGACCCCGUGCUGUACGAAGGCACGAUCCGUUGGAACCUGCUGCUCGGCGCCGUGGAUCCCGACAAGGUCACGGACGAGGAGAUCGAGCGCGCAUGCCGCGAGGCGUGCGUCUGGGACUUUGCCAUGGCGCUCCCCGAGGGACUGGAUACCAUGAUUGGCCUCAAGGGGUCGUCCCUCAGCGGUGGGCAGCGCCAGCGCGUGUGCAUUGCCCGUGCGCUGCUGCGCCGCCCAAAGAUUUUGUUGCUGGACGAGGCGACGUCUGCGCUGGAUGCCGAGUCGGAAGUGCUCGUGCAGCGCGCGCUGGACAAUGCCUGCCAAGGCUGCACCACGAUCACGAUCGCCCACCGCCUCUCGACCAUCCGCCGGGCGGACAUUAUCUGCGUUGUCGAGGACGGUGUCGUGGUCGAGCGGGGCAGUCACGAAGAACUUUUGCAAAAGCACGGACGCUACUUUGAACUGGUUGAAGCGCAGUUAUAG